AGUGCCUGUGGGUGUGCCCAGGGAGAGGCUUGUACAGGUACAGGUGAGACAGGUGGACGUUCUCAGCUAUCUGGACUCUACAUCAGCAGCAGCUUACAUACAAACUUCUGCAUACGGACUGCAACACCUGGUGAAGCAAUGAGUACAGAUGGACAUAGAGAACCCCCUCCCUACAUCGUACCAGUUGAAGGUCAGGGGGAUGGAGUGAAGGUGUAUCACCUCCACACCCCAUUCAACCCUAACUCCUCACAGCAAGCCACUAGUGUCACGCCAGUGUACACCAGUGGAGGAGGCGGCGUCGGUACUGGUCUCGAGUCUGGAGAAAGCAAAAGGAAGUUUGUGAGCUAUGACACGGCACUAGGGAGGACUCCUGGCAUGACGACUUGCACUUCUUGCCAGCAGCAGGUCAUGACCAACGUCACCUACAAACCAGGGAUGUACGCCUGGCUGAUGUGCUUACUCUUCAUCUGCUGUGGGUUAAUCUUGUGCUGCUGCCUGAUCCCUUUCUUCGUGAAAAGAUUCAAGGAUGCGUACCACACAUGCCCUCGCUGCAACAGAGUCCUGCACAUUGAGAAGAAAAAAUGUUGUAAAUGAGGGCAAAGGGCAAAGGCAAAAAUGAGCCCGUAGAAAUAUGAAACAACAUCCUGUUACCGUUGUCUCUGUUUGGGUUGUAGCGUAUUUCUAUGGAUGAGCCACUGCAUUAGCCAAGACAAAAACAUAUAUGAAUAAAUCAAAAAUAUUAGCUAACAAACUGGGAGUGAUUGUAUUGUGAGAGUUUACAUAUCAUGUGUUUACUUUUAAAGCUCUGGCAAAUUAAAUCAAGCACACCCCAUGCACUUUUUGGGCGCCCGCUUCAUCUGAAAAAACUUUCUCUCUUACUCUACCUGGAAACUUACACAUAUAUUAUGUUGUUUAAAUGAAGGCUUGUACAUAAACUUAUACUAAAUGUUUCGAUGGACUGCUCAUUUAAAAUUUAAACAGACAAGCUGUCUAUUUGAAGGGAGUGUCAUAACUUUUGUAACAGCACUGCAACACAAGCCAACACAAUACGUUAAACCAGAGCAGAGUGCAAGAACUCUGGAGUAUAUUCUUAUAUUAAGAAUAUAAGAAUAUUUUCUCACAGUGAAUUUGUGUUGGCUAUUGUUUCAUAACACUCCAGAAUAAAAUCCGACCAAUGUGGCUUAUUUGUGUUAUAUUUAUAUGUUGUCAGCCAUGAAACGACUCUUAUAAUUCUUAUAUGAAGGGAUGAAGGGGAAAUCUGAGUGAGCAUGAAGUUCAAAGCUUAUAUAUUGUACGACAGGCUGUAAAUGUAAUUUUGUUGAAAUCAUUUGCUUCCAAACAAUGAUUUGUUGAUGCAAACCACAAUGCACAAUUAAAGCAAUGAUGCGUUUAUUGGCAUUUUGGUUGAGCCACUGAUCAAAGAACUACACCUGCUUUUUACCUGCUAUCUUAAAAUCUUCCUGUUUCAGAAGACAUGUGCAAUGUAUAAGAGAAAGCAGGCAACAUGUUGUAGGAUGUGAAGGACGUGAUUCUUCUUCAUCUUCAUCAUAUUGUCUCCUGGAUGAAGCUGAGUAUGCUUGGACUCUGUUAUGUACUAUUAUUAACUAUUUUAUAACAUUAUUUCUCUAAUAAAAGUAGACUAUAUAGACGACA